AUGUAUCUUAUUUUCAGUUGGUUUGCUGCUGGAAAAUCAGUUUCCAACAAAAGAUGCAAGGAUAUGAUUUCAAAUAGCACUUCUGUCUCAUCUAUUCACGCUGAAGAUCUCAUAAACUUUUUUAAUGAACUUCCGGAUGAACCAUAUUUCGAGGACAAAGACGACAAACGGACACCUGAGGAAGGAGCUAAAGAGAUCUACAAGCAAAGAGAAACAUGGAAGGAAGAGAUAGCAAAGAGAGUAGCUGAAAGACAAGCGGAAAUUGAUAUGACAAAAAACGCAGCCGCUGUGAACAGAAAUACUAUUAAGCUGGAAAAAAUCGACUGCUCCUUCUUUCACAUCAAAAAGGUCCCAAUGGAUUAUAAUGAGUAUUCAAUGACUCAUGUCUCCUAUUCAGUUUUACUCUCACCGCCUCCACCUCGGCUCAUACCAAAGCGCUUUCCACAUCCAUACAAUUAA